AUGUCGACUAAAGCAAAAGAAAGUGUCAAAUCGCUUCCGCUGGCCAAUGUUCUCCAGGACCUGGCUAUUCUUCGCGCUUCUGGGAUGGAAAUUCCGCAGGCCUUGACAUCGCCUAUGCGUCCAGUGCCAGCUACUCCUGAGUUAAAUUCCUCUUCAGUGUCGACUUCUUACGAAUUUAUCCGCUAUUCUCGUGGGGCUAUCAAACUGCAGCAUUCGGGGAAGGUGGAGGUGGAGGGGCAGAGGAUCGAAGAGAUUCGCAUCAAAUACGAGACUCUGUGCAACGUUUUGCGAGCGCAUACACCGUCUCAAGAGUAG